CGGGCGAUGGUCACACUGACGCAGACACUCGACUCUCGAACGAAUCGGUCGCGGUUGUUUUACGGUUUUUUGUUUGUCUAUAGGAAAGCCCUUUCGCAGCGGAGGAAACCGAAAAUGCGCUCGGAAAGUCAGUCGUAGACGGGGCGAAAAUAGCGGUUGCAGCGGCAAACUUCUAACUGUUUUCUGACCGGGAAAGGAGUGCGCGAACCAAUUGGAAGUGGAGUUCGAAAUGCGAGCAUAGAAAAGUGUCCGAUUCGGUGCGAAAAUCCGCGAAUAAUUGUUUGCGAUUUCCCGAGGAAAACGGAAAAUUAAGCGUCUGUCUGCCAGUCCACUGUGUGCGUGUGUGUUCGUGUGUCUGUGAGUAUAUAACAUAACAGAAAACAAAACAACAACAACAGCAGCAGCAGCAACAACAAGGCAGUCAGGAUCAACGGUUCUGGGGUAGUUUGUUUGAGUUUGAACAAAGCAAAGAAAAGCAAACGCAAAAGCAAAGCACACGAAACUGGACGGGAGAAGGAGAGAGAGAAAGAGCAAAUAGAGGGGGAUAACGGGAGAAUACACCCCGCUCACACUCACGCCCGCUUCUAUCCUUUGUGUGCGCUUUUGCCGCCUGGAAAUGCAAUGCUAGAACAACAAAAACACCGCGACCGCAGGAGUGCAAACAACAACAGCAUCGCCUAAUUGGCUGCAGCAUCGUCGGCCGAAAAAUCAAGCAAACUGAAUCAAGUCUCCCUGCGUUACUUUCCAGUCGGAAGUGCACCAUCACAACACUCAACAUAAGGAAAUAAUGAGGAAAAUAAAUAAUCAAAAGUAAAAGUCACCCAAGUAAACUGAUACCGAGCGAUAUUGAACGACGAACGAAACCAAUCGAUAUCAUCCCUACCAAACCAGCUAACACUAAGAAUCAUGGAUCUAAGUCUGGAACGCGAUAGCUCCGCGCUGGGUAGUCUGUUUCAGCAGAUUAUCAAUGACAUGAAGAACACUUCGCCCCUGUGGGAGGAUUUUGUGGCUAAGGCCGGAAAACUGCACACUUGUUUGAGGGCCGCCAUCCAGGCAAUCGCCGCCUAUUUGGAUGCCUUCCAAAAGAUAGCCGAUGCGGCGACCAACUCAAGAGGCGCCUCCAAGGAGAUCGGCACCGCCCUGACCCGCGUUUGCCUCCGCCACAAGGCGGUUGAGACACGGCUGAAGACCUUCACCAGCGCCAUCAUGGAUUGCCUGGUGCAGCCGCUGCAGGAGAGGAUCGAGGACUGGAAGCGCACGGUGGCCACCAUCGACAAAGACCAUGCCAAAGAGUACAAGCGCUGUCGCAGUGAGCUGAAGAAGCGCUCCAGCGACACGCUGCGCCUGCAGAAGAAAGCGCGCAAGGGCCAGACGGACGGAUUGCAGUCCCUGAUGGACUCGCACAUGCAGGAUGUCACCCUGCGCCGGGCGGAACUGGAGGAAGUCGAGAAGAAAUCCUUGAGGGCGGCCAUGGUGGAGGAGCGUCUGCGCUACUGCAGCUUCGUCCACAUGCUACAGCCAGUGGUACACGAGGAGUGCGAGGUCAUGUCAGAGUUGGGUCACCUACAGGAAGCCAUGCAGUCAAUUGCCCUAGUAACCAAGGAGCCCAGUGUUCUGCCCCAGGCCUCCGAGGAGCUAAUCCACGACGCUAAGGCCAGCAUUAAUCUGUACCCGGAGUCCCCGGGUGGCGGUUCCGGCUCGCAGGGCGGCGGCUGCUCCAACUCGCUGGGAUCCCGAAAGAGCUCCGUCUGCUCCAUCAGCAGUAUGAACAGCAGCGGCUCGAGCAACUCGCCCGGCCACCACCACUAUCCGCGCUCCCUGUCGCAGACUUCGAAUGCAACGAACCAGACGGCAAAUGUCUCCACCUGGCCCCCACAUUCCCAGGAUGGCGUCGACACCCUGCCACCGACCGCUGACCGUCCGCACACGAUUUCGACGGCAUACGAAAAGGGUCACCAGCGUCCGCCGCUGACCGUCUACACGUUCCAAAACCCGGAGACCAUUCACGAGUCGGGCAGCUGCCUGAACAACGGAACCGCAGCCCCUAAUGGACAGCCGUUAUCCGGACAAGCCACUCCGGCCACCCAGAAAUCACCGGCUGCCUCACUUAGCCGGCCUCCCUUGCCAGUUCGCUGCUCGUCGUUGGAGCGACCCCUUUCGGCCCAGAGUAACCACCGCCAGGGUAGCGGGAAUAACCUGCUGCAGCGCCAGUGCCCCUCGCCGAUUCCGGCUCAUAUCACGAAAGAGCUGUCCGCAGCGCAUCAUGCACAGCAGCAGCAGCAGCAAAAUCAGCAGCCCCAGACGCCGCCCACCUAUGUGAACAUGUCGGAGCUGGCCACCAUGGCCGCUUUGAAGCAGACCAACCAGCAGCAGAAGCCCUCUACGCCGCCUCUGCAGCAGCAGAGCUCCAUUGACUCGACCAGCUCCCAGCAUUCCAACGACUCCACCGGCUCGCAUCAGCUCCUCCAGCAGCAGCAUCAUCAAUCGCAGCAGAAUCACCACUCAGCCACUGCCACACGCUCCCAUUCCAUAUCCUCGACGGCAUCGUCACUUCACUCGCAUCCGUCGAUCGACUCCACCGUCGCUUGCGGCUCGCUGGUGGGCCAGCACAACCACAGCACCAGCACCAACACGAACACCACCUCGCCGUCCAGUGGCAGCUCCACGCCACAGAACCAUUACUCGCCCCUGCUAACCAACUCCCCCACGUCCACUGCCGCAGGUACUCCCAGUGGCAGCAGCUUAGGUCCUGGGUCCGGUUUGGGAUUUGUCUACCAGGUCAGCUCCCCGACACCUCCCUCCAGCGAGGUGCUGAAGAUCACCGAGCAGGCCGCAGCAGGACAGGAUCAGGGUCCAGCCAACAGCGUAGCGGACGAGACGGAUGAGCGAUCAAGGGCCUCUGUCCUGCAGAAGGCUUCAAUGUUCGAAAAGGCGGCAGCAGCGGCAGCGGUCUCGCCUCCAGCUCCCAUUCAGAUUGCAUCCGGUUCCCCAGCUUCGGGAGGCGGAACUCGACGAUCCGAGGCGGAGCAGCAGGAAAUGGACAAGUCUUUCGAAGAUUCAAUACAAGCACUAAAUAAUUUAAUUGGCGAACUAGACUCGUUCCAACGCGAGAUCGAUGAGGGCAAGGUCAAGCCGCCGAGCAACAUAAUAAGCGGCAGCACCACCAGCAGCAACAACAACAAUACGACGACCAGCAGCAUCAGCAGCAGCGACAACAACAACCUGCCCGCCACCAGCAACAUCGAGCCCUGCGCCAUCAGCAAUCAGACGAACUCGAGCGGCUGUGGAACGGACAUAUCCGACACCACGUCCGACGAACUGGCCGGCGACGAUAUGGACGUCAGGCGGCGGGAUCGGGAUCGGGAUCGGGACCGGGAUCUGCUGGGCGCCAGCGAUUCGGAGCUGAGUCGCUGCUAUGUGAGCGAGACGAGUUCGCUGACCGGUGGCCUAACGGCCGGCGGCUACGAGAAUCCCACUUUCGCGCACUUCGCGGCCAAUGCGAAUCGGGAGGACGCUGUUUCGCUGGCCUCCGACAGCGUUUGUCUCGGCCAGCCGCGCCACGCCUAUGUGGAUACCUGCAGCGACAGCGGCAGUGCCGUGGUGGUAAUCUACGACCACCAGAUUCCCAACACGCCCGACAUUGAGUUUGUGAAGCAGAACUCGGAGAUUGUAGUGCUGCGGACCAAGGAUCCGCAGCCACACGCGCUGCAGCUGCACGAGAUGCGCGAGCUGCAGCAGUUGCCCGCCAAUUUGGCCGGUUCGCCGGACUCCUCGCCGGACUCUGCCGGUGGCCAGCCACCGCCAACAGCAACUGUGGCGCCCGCCAAGCAGCGACUCUCCUCGUUUCGCGCCACCAGUGAGCAGCAGUUGCAGCUCCUCGGACGCGGCAGCCCGCAAAGAGGUAAAACACCCAGUGAGCAGGCGGUACAGAGCAGGCCACAGGACCAGCAUUUUCCACAGACACAACAGCAGGAUAUAGAUGGCAGUAGCCCACCAGUAGAACUUGCAAGGCGCCAGCUGCCCCCCAAGCCCACCAGCUUGAGUAUUUUUAACGGCCCCGUGCCCACUGCGGGCGAUAGGCCUGUCGUGCCGCGAAAGUCGGACUUUAAGGCCGAUCUAGAUGCUAAAAUACGCAGGCAAAAGCUGAAGGUUAAACAGCAGUUGCAGCAGCAGCAGCAACAGCAGCAAGAAACGCAGCAGCAGCAGCAAGCACCACAAGAACAGCAACACUCACCACAGUCGCCCCAAACCAGAAACUGUAAUGUCACUAAUCAACAAGCCGCCAAUAUUACUGCAUCUGCAUCAGAAUCAGCAUCUGCAUUUGCAACCGCAACAGCAUCCACAGACCCGUACCCGAAUCCAAAUCAUAGAAUGCCAAACCAAAAUCAGACAGCCACAUCCAAUCACACGCAGUGCAAGACGCCCACAAUGGCAUUGUCACCGUCAUCACCUCGCGGCCAUUUGCCAUUAUCAUCGUCAUCGCUAUCGUCAUUACCAUUACCAGCCACCACUUCAUCACCAUCAAAUGCCCGGCCAUCGAUGUUGCCCGCCAGUGACCGACCACCCGCCCAUCCAUAUGUGUGCUCCAAUGCCCCAGCCAAUCCCCACCACGCCAAUAGCAUUUCCAAUGGCAAUGCCCAUCUCAAGCCGUGCAUUACGCCCCGGCCGGCUUCUUUGUCGGGAGGAGCAGCCGGCGGUGGCUCCACGCGCAUCGGGCGUCGCUCGUCCAUCAAUCAGGCCAAGCCACCGCCGCCAGUCAGACGCAGUUCGUCGGUGACCCCCAGUCCCAAUGCCUCGGUCGGGCUGCAGCAGCAACCACAGCACGCGACUCUGUCGCAGCAGAAUCACCAACUAAGCAGCUCCAGCGAGCACUUACCGCCGCCACCGCCAUUCAUGCUGGACGCCAUGCCCCAGAUUCCCAGCUCAGCGCUGAAGGUAUCGGAGACGGUAAGAGCCCUGGCAGCCAUGCGGCACCAGCCAGCAUCACCUGUGUCCCUCAGACGCAUGCAGCAGCAACAGCAGCAGCAGCAGCUUCAGCAGCAACAGGUGCAGCAGCAGCAACCCCUAUUGCAGUCUGCGCACAACUCCCCCCUCAAUGAGGACCUGACCGUAUACUACGACUCCUACUUGGAUCUGCACGCCUAUGCCCAGGCCUUGGCCAGCGGCCAACAGCCCGGCGGUCAGCAGAUGGCCAACCAGCAACGCUUUACCCACCAGCAGCAACACCAGCAUCUGCAUCAGCCACAGCCACAGCCACCGCCUGUCUACCAAGUCGAUGCCACGUUCCGCACCUCAUCACCAGCCGCGGGCGGAGGGGGUGGCGGCGGCAUAUACGCCCAGCCCAAACUGGUCAACAGCAUGUCCAGCUUCCGCACCAGCAGCCCCAGUCCCAACGGACAUGCUCACCCACUGCCACCGACACAGCCAAAGGCGAAUCCGAACCUAAUUGCACAGCUCAAUGCACGACUCAGCGGCAAACAGCAGCAGCAGCACGUCGAGGGGAUCUACGGCAACCAGCAGGCGCCCGGAGGAGAGUCGAUCUACAUGCGGAGUGGCCUGUCCAUGUCGCAGCCGCAACAGCAGCAACACUAUGACGGUAAAUCUGAACAAAUCCAGCUGCAGCACCAGCAACAGCAUAGAAUUUACGCUAGUUUCGGCACCUCAUCAUCAGCAAUGUCAUCGGCUCAUGCGGCCAACAGCAGCACUAAACCGUCCAUUCUAACACCGACCACCUCUUUCAAUGCAUUGCCUCACUUUCCCCUGUCUUCAUCCACAUCAUCGUUGCUCUCCAAAGUCAGCUCAUUCUCGAACUCUUCAUCCGCAUCCGCAUCCCCACCGACAACGGCAGCGGCUCCUGGCUCGGCCAACUCGCAUUAUCAGCCACCUCAGCCGCCGAAUGCAGCAGUUGCAAACAGCAAAGACAUGGCCAUCUACUCAAGUUCGUUUACCAAAAAUCCAGCAGCUGCGCAAUCGCCAAACAUGAGACAGGCUCAUUCCCAUCAGCACCACCAGCCGCCGCAGCAGCAGCACUACACCUGUCCGCCUCCUCUGGAGGAUCCCCCACCGCCGCCCAUUUACGCCGCCGGUGCAUCGGCCACGAUGCCAAAGAAGAUGGCCCGUCCGCCCACUGGCCAGAACGCGUCUCACUCGAGCGCCUAUGCAGCAGCCUCGUCCACGGCCACGCUGCCCAAGAAUAUGAUGCAGCAGCAGCAGCAGCAGCAGCGGUUGCAUCAGCAGUAUCAACAGCCGACAGGCAUGGGCAUUGGCAACGGCAAUGGGCACUUAGGUCAGCGUCCGCAGUUGCCGCUGCCCCAGCAGAAGCUUAGAGCUGCACAGCAGCAGCACUUGGCGGAGCAGCAGCAACAUCAGCUGCAGCAGCAGCAUCACCAACAACAGCAGCACCAGCAACACCAACAACACCAGCAACGCCAGCCGCCCAUUCCUUCACGCCACUCAAGUGUGCAGCAAAAGAUAUUCGUCUCCACGAAUCCAUUCAUACAGACAACGGCCGUCAAGUUUCACUCGCCCUCGGCCUCGCCCACAUGCGGCUCGCCCGUUACUGGGUCCUUGGCCAGCAUUUAUGCCACAACCUCGCGCGGCGGCCACCAUCACCAGCAGCAGCAGGCUCAGCAGCAGCAGCAGCACCACUAUCGCGAUGCUGCCGGGGGCAACAGCAACGGCGGCGCUGCCUACUAUAACCACAAUGCCCAUGCCCAUUCCCAGGCACAUCAUCCAAACUAUGCCACAAGCACAAAUAUCGAAAAGACUGGCAGUAUUCGGGCCAAGACCAAGGCCGAAUUCCUCGAGAAUCUCAACGCGAAGCUGGCGAAGCAGGGAAUGUCUGGACGAGCAUUUGCCGUGCGAAAUCUCAUCAACAGCAAGGCCCUGCCGGACCCUCGCAUCUGUCACGAAUCGCUGAUGGAUCAAAUCAAGCGCGGAGCCACCUUAAAGCGUAACCAGAAGAUCAACGAUCGCAGCGCUCCCAAGAUACAUUGAAUUAACCUAUAGGCUAAGCGAAGCAGCAUAUUUAUUACCAUUAUAAUUAAUCUAUGAAUAAUCAUGAGGCCCGACGCCUGCUCGAUUGCAGGGCUCUGCAGAGUUUGGUUUGAAACUGAAAACUCGAAACACAGCAUACAACUUAAAUACAUAUGAUUACGAUACACAAUAUAUUCGAUAUACGAUAUUUAACAGGAGCAUUAAGCUUAACUCGAACUAAUCAAUACCUUUCUUGAUUUCCUGUAUCCCAAAAAUGUGUCGAAAGGCUUUCUCUGUUAAGUGAAUACAAUAUGGAAGACAGUUAGCACUCGUAUGUUUAUUUAUAUCUGCAACUCGAAUUUAUCUUUAGAGAACUUCUGUUUGAAGAUAUUUUAUGUUUAUGUAUUUCCUGUAUUUAUAAUUUCCCUUGCUUAUUUAUGUACAUACAUAUUAAUAUGAGUUUAACAAACACUCGAAACUAAUCUGACGCCUAAUAAAUGGAAUUUAUCGUA